UUGUAAGUUGUUUACUUAUAUAAUAAUAAAAGCUAGGUAUGUAUUAUUUCGAUUAUAAUUGCUAUUAUUAGAUUUAUAAUUUAAAUUUCGGGGACUAGAAUAAAUAGAAAAAUAUAAGAAAUAGAAUAGCGUAAUUCGGGUGCUUUGUUAUAUCACAGUUUAUGAAUGCUGAAUGGCCAUCUAAUACUUUCACGAGUCUUGCGACCACAUAUUCACUAUAAGCCACAAAUUCCUGUCUGAUGCAAUUUUUUAUUUAUAUCUUCAAUUAUUGCAAUUAUUAAGCGGUUAUUUUACUUACAAUAUGUAUUUUCUUUUGUGUAAGUUUCAAUAUUCUUUGGAUAUGUCAUGCAUGUUUUUUCAAGUCGAAAAGCAUACGUUUAAUUGGUUUUAAGGAUACGAGUGUCAGACAGCAAUCGACUUUAAUAUGAAAGACAUCCAUUCAACACAUUAUUUAUUCAGUAAACUUGGCAAUGGCGCAUCAGCUUUUGUCCACGGAUCAUAAUUUUGUGAACUUAUAAUCAUAUUCGAUAUUCCAGGAUUGGACGACAUCUAAUUUAGGAAAAAUAUUGUAUAAAAACGUGCCUGAAAAUGCGUGGGAGAGGGAAAAGAAAACGUUUAUAAUACACAUAUAUAAAUACUGGCGGGACUUCAAGAAUCGUCAUCUUAUUGACCAUGUAACUAACCGAUACGAUCCGCUAAAAGAUUGUCCGGUACAGAAUUGUGAAUUUACAAAAAACGAAAACUAUUUCUACACAGCCGACGUCGUCAUUUUUUACUUGUUUAGAGGCCGUUUGCCUCGCAAUCGUAGGACGAAUCUAAAACAAAGAUGGAUUUUUCUUAGUGACGAAUCCCCAGUGAACACCUUUGCUGGCGCCAAAGCGAAACCAAGUUUUUCCAGAUUAGCUAACAUAUUCAACUGGUCUAUGACUUACAGAAGCGAUUCAGAUGUCCCUAUACCGUACGGGCGUACGGUUGCGUUACCGAAGCCUAUAUUCCCAAAACCGAAAAGAAUGUCGUACGAAAACAUUGCAUCGCUGGUACCAUACUGGAACCAAAAAAGACGGGAUGUACUCGUUACUAUUCUCAUGUCUCAUUGUAGGACGCAUCGGAUCAACUACGUCAGAUAUUUACGAAGACUUAUCAACAUAGAUUUCUAUGGAAAAUGUUCCUAUACAUUUAGAUAUAGGACGAGAUGCCCUGGACAUUUUAACACGGAUUGCGAUGUUACAGCCAAUUAUUUAUUUUAUCUAGUUUUGGAAAAUACUUCAUGUCGCCAAUACAUGACCGAAAAACUAUUUUACAACGCCUACCUUAAAGGUGCUAUUCCUAUUAUAAGAAACCCGUCUUUGGAAGACUGUCAAAAACUGUUACCUCCUAACUCAUUCUUACACGCGGACCAGUUCAACUCACCUGUAGAAAUGGUUAACAUGAUAAAAGCAAUGGGAGCUGAUGACGAACUGCUCCUCUCUUUCCAUGCUUGGAGAAAUCAUUUCAAUGUUACCAACGAACAUGGAUUUUUCAAUUCAAAGUCAUCACAGAUGUGCAGGUUAUGCCAAGCGUUAAACUAUAAUGACAAAAGUGUUAGAUGGUAUGAUGAAGACGAUAUAAGAUUGUAUUUGGAUCCAAAGUUGUUGUGUACCGCUAUACCGGAUUUUGAUUUUGGACCUGUUAACAAACGAGGCAGAUAA